CACAAUUCCACUUUUUCUUAAAAACCACACCACACCCCUCCGUCCCAAACUUAGGGGGACGGAGGGAGUAUUUAAUAAGAUGCAUACACCAACAUUUAUUGUAGAAUACAAAUGACCACAAAUAAACAGAGAGGAUUAUGCGGCUGUCCUCAGUCCUGCCCUGCCGAUUCUCAUUCUUGCACGGUUUACAACAUUCAAGCAUUUAAUACUAUUUGUAGCUAUACAAUGAAAUUCCUGAUAUAAAUGGCCCAUCGAGUGACUCCACCAAACCAGCUUCUUUUUGCCAACAAGUGCUCUGUGCUAAACAUUCAGCUACUAUCAACGUAAAUUUUUUUAUUAAGUUCUUUUUACAUCUUUCCAAUCAAAUAAUUUUUUUAUUAAGUUCUAAUAAUGUUAUGUAAAAAAAACUAGAUGCUAUUGGACAGGUUGUUUCAAAGAAAGCGGUUGAAGAAGUGAUGUAUCAUGGAAGACCUCACAAAUUGAUAGAGGUCACUUUGCAGGAUCCAAGGUUGAAUCAAAUUCUUCCAUAUAUAGGCAAUAAUCAGACUGAAGCAGUCAUUGUGAGUUGUGACUUUACAGUUUUGUCGGGCAGGAAUAUUCAGAGGAGGAAGAUGACCGAAACAUCACUACAGAAGCGAGUUUCCAUCCACACUACUGCACACUCUGGCCUGCCCAACAACCACCACAUGAGUAUCCGGGUGGUGAUGUCGACAAGAGAUUUCCGGAACCAACUUUUGAAACCAGAAGACCUGACGGGUACACUAGACCGCAGUCGUGAAAGGAAAUCUGCUCGUGAUCGGCUCGAAGGUGAGCCCAGUUGUGCUUUAUACGCAUGCAUGAACCCGACACAACUUGAUGUUGGGGUCCAAGCCCUCUAGGCCACCCUCGCUAUUGAUCUGAGGCUUUGGCUCAAUGUUUCCAAUGGUUGAUAAAUGCCGAAGGAGACAAUUGACGUGCACUUUGUCGUGAGUGCACUCAAAAUAAAUUCAAUACAACACUUAUACGUAGUAUAGUGAAGUAGAGUUCGUAUCCACAGGGAAAGGAAUAACUCUUCUUUUUAUGUAACUAGUAAAUAAAAGGGGGGAUUUGGGAUUGAGUGAUUUAAUUAAAUUAAACACGAAGAUGAACGAGUUAUAUGGGAUUAAAUUCAAGAAUAAAAGGGACUUGGUCUUGCUACUUUCCA